UCUGUGAGUCUUAGAUUGAGUCAGUAGGUCUGUCAGUCAGGGGUUGACGUCUACGUGGUGAGGUUUGGAACCACUAACCCGCUUGUACACUUAUCACCAUGGUUGAGACCCGUAGUGGGAAGGAGACUAGCCCCGACACCAUUGAGCAGCAAGAAAAGAUGACCGCCUUAGUCAGAGAGAAUAAGGAGAGGAAAGAGCGUGAAAAGCAAGCCAAGCUAAAGGCUAUCGCAGACGAGCAUGUGGCGAAGAUGAAGAGAUUGGAGGAGGAGAUGAAGAGGGUACAACAGGAGGAGGAAGAAAGAAGGAAGGUUGCUGAAGCAGAAGCGGCAGCAGAAGAAGAGAAAGAGAGGAUGAGAAUUGAGAGUGGGGAAGGAAGUAGUGGUGGCACGAUGAAGUGGGAGACAGAUACUGAGCUGGAGAAGAAGAUCAGCGAGUGGGUCGCUAAUUUAUCGUUGGGGGAAGACGAGGAGGCRGAGUCCUAUGUGACUAAGGAUGAGAAGGCUGCGCUGGCCACUGAGCUAGCAGCCAUGACAGACCCAAUGGAACGAAGAGAGAGGGAAGACGAGCAAAAGUUAGCAUGGAAGAUGAGAAUGAAGAGGGAGAAGAAGAGGAGGAGAGAGGAAGUGAAUAAGAUGACCGCMGCAGUGGCAAAGGUGCAKGAGUGYAGAGCGGAGGUGCUGGCCCAGCCAGAUGACAAGGCCAAGUGGGACAAAGUACUGGGCUAUCUAGAGGUGUUGAGCAAGGCCUGGAUGGAGGAGCGCCAGGCAAGCUGGAGCCAGGAUGUAGCGUUAAGUGCCAUGCGGUCCGGGUUCAGGGAUUUUGCGCGCGAAAUCGUCACCCAUAUUGGGGGUGAAUUCAAGCAAUUGAGAGACAACGUAGGGAAGUUUUGUGAGGGCGCCAUUCAGGGUGCCAAAGCUGCAGCCGUUGUAGAAGAAGAGGCCAGACCCCGUAAGGACCCAGUGAAACUUAAGUUCCCAGACGCGUACGGGGGGAAGAAGGACGAGAACUUUGACAACUGGGAGGCCAGUGUCAAUAGUUACAUUUAUUUACAGCAUAUCCUGAUGGAGGAGCAAGUCCUCGUGGCCUUCGAGGCCCUGAAGGACGAAGCGGCUAGCUUCGCCAGGAUGUCCCCUAGAGAGUUAGAGGAGCUUCGCAAGCAGUUAGACGAACUCCUUGAGAAAGGGUGGAUCAGGCCCAGUUCGUCUCCUUUUGGAGCACCCGUUUUGUUUGUCCCCAAGAAGGAAGGAGAGCUGAGAAUGUGUAUAGACUAUAGGGGAUUAAAUGCGAUCACCGUGAAGAAUGCUGAGCCGCUGCCCAGGAUAGAUGAUCUCUUAGAUCGGGUGCAGGGUUGUAAGUAUUUCUCUAAGAUAGACUUAAAGUCCGGAUACCAUCAGAUAGAGGUUCAUCCUGAUGAUCAGUACAAGACUGCGUUCCGGACUAGAUAUGGGCAUUACGAGUUUAUAGUGAUGCCCUUUGGACUAACCAACGCGUCAGCUACUUUUCAGCGUUGCAUGAAUGACCUGUUUAGACCGUGGUUAGAUAAAUUUGUGGUAGUCUCCUUAGACGAUAUCCUAGUCUUUAGUAAGGAGCACCAGGGUCAUCUAAGGCAGGUCUUGGAGAAGCUUAAAGAGGCUAACUUCAAGAUAUGUGCGAAGAAGUGCGAGUGGACCAAGACGCAAGUCUUGUACUUGGGCCACGUGUUGGACAGAGAUGGCAUUAAGCCAGAGGACAGCAAGAUAGCGACGAUUAGAGAUUGGCCGACGCCCCGCACGUUGACAGAGUUGCGGUCGUUCCUAGGCCUAGCUAACUACUACAGGAAGUUCGUGAGGAACUUCUCCACUAUCGCCGCUCCAUUGCGCAGGUUGUUGAAGAAAGAGACAAUCUGGCAAUAGGAUAAAGACUGUACGUUUGC